AACAACCCUUGACGCGGGGGUCGUAAUCAUAAGUUGAGCGACGCGUAAUCGGACGUCGAUAAGGGAUGAGGGUUGAUAGGUAUCCGUAAGCUAGCGCCAUCCCUCGUGGCAUUUUGACAACCCCUGACGCGGGGGUCGUAAUCAUAAAUUGAGUUACGCGUAAUCGGACGUCGAUAAGGGAUGAGGGUUGAUUACCUACCUUAUCAAUGGUUACAGUGGCGGAAACCCUAUAGGCUUUCGAAAUACGAACAAAAAAUCUGGUAGAAACUAAAUCCUUGUCUUGAAAAAUUUCAAUUUCGAAGGGUCGUGUUCAUUUGGAUCUUAAGUAGUCUUGAGUAGCUUUAAACAGCCUUACAAUUAGGUCAAAUCAUUUUUAAAUUUCUAAGAGUUGGCUAUGAGGUAUUUUCAAUCACAUAUUCCAUGCUUGGCAGUACUUUUGUCAUCCAGUUCACAAUAGCAGAGAAACGCUUUCAUUUGCCGGUAAAAAUCAUUUACAUAACCGUACAGUUAAACAAAUGUAAAAAUUCAACAGUCCAGUCUAAAAACUUGUCCGAUGAAAUGCUCCUGACAAAACCGCGGAUACCGCGUUGGAGAUUUCGACGACUAAUCGCAAGGUAAAAUUCAAAUGAAAAUUCAAAGUAUCUCGCAAUCAUUACAAGACAGAACAAGAAACUAACCAUUACUGGUCUGGAACGACAAGUGGCAAUUCAAAAGAAUUUCAAAUUCAUUCAAUCAGCCUACCUCACAGAUUAUUUUCACUAAAAAAAGACGACGUGAAAUGUUUAUCCACGACGGAGAUUCGAGGAUGUGGAAAAUUGUCGAAAUUCGAAUCCUGUCAAUUAAAUCCUUGCAUGUUGGAUCCGAGCAAACCAGAACCAACGGUAGUUAUAAUCGGCGGUGGAAUGGCCGGCCUUUCCGCAGCUCAUCGUUUCGUCCAAUGCGGUUUGCAGAAUUUCACAAUACUGGAAGCAACGGAUCGACCUGGUGGUCGAAUCCAUUCCUGCUGGUUAGGUGACGGUGUCGCAGAAAUGGGAGCCACAUGGAUCGAAGGCGGAUGCGUCGCGAAUCCCGUCUUCACCCUCGCAGCUCAAGAAGGACUCCUGAAAACGCCGCUUUUCAGACCGGAUCCAAGCCGCGGUAUUUUUUGCACCAGUGACGGCCGCGCGAUCGAUCUCCCCGUCAGUAUCACCGCCUACCACACAUUCAAACAAAUAGAACAACAAGCUUCGACUUUGUUCACUCUGGGAUGUGGUCGUUCUCAUGGUACCCUACUGAAUUUCAUGGGACUCAGGAUACAACAGGAACUUCACAAUUUCCCCGAUGAACAACGAUACGACGCGGCGCGCGUUAUGUACGGUAUGACGAACUGCGUUCGUUGUCGUUGCGGCGAUGAUCUUUCUCUGAUUUCAGCCGACAACUUUGGAAGUUACAUCGAAAUUCCCGGUGGUAAUAUUCGCAUACCACUCGGUUACGUUGGUGUAUUGGCUCCGUUAUUACGAGAUUUACCAAGUUGUUCUUUGCGGUACGGUAAACCAGUGAGUUGCGUUCGUUGGGGUGCUAUAAACGAUUCAAAAUCUCCAAGGGCGGUUGUAAAAUGUUGCGACGGUGAAGAAUUUCCAGCUGAUUACGUUAUAAUAACCGUAUCACUCGGCGUAUUGAAAAAUCAACACGACAAAUUAUUCUGCCCCGGUUUGCCAGUCGAUAAAAUCGAGGCAAUUUCAAAACUGGGUUACGGAUACGUGAAUAAAAUUUUUAUGGAAUACUCAAGGCCGUUUUGGGCAUGGAAAGAAGGUGGAAUUAAAUUGGCUUGGUCACACGACGAACUUGCGGAUCGAUGUGACUGGGUGAAAGGUGUUUCCAAUGUCGAGGAACUGGCGAAUUCACAGCACGUCUUGUGCGCCUGGAUAUCCGGCAGAGAAGCGUCUGACAUGGAACUUUGUUCGGACGAAGAAGUUGUCGAAUCGAUUACCAGAGUUCUUCGAAAGUUCACCGGGGAUCCAACUCUUCCUUAUCCCAUUAAUUUAUUACGCAGUAGAUGGUGCACGGAUCAACAUUUCGCCGGGUCUUACAGCUACAUGGGGAUGGAGAGUACGGUCGGACAUCAAUGUGACCUUGCUAGCCCGCUGCCUGGACCCUGCGAACCUAUUCCUCCCAUUUUACUUUUUGCCGGUGAAGCAACGAUACCUGGACACUACAGUACCGUUCACGGUGCCAGACUCAGCGGAAUUCGCGAAGCAGAAAGAAUCAUCCAGCUGACUAAGAAAUUUGGAGGACCACCCACCGCGGCGGCUUCUGGAGCACACUCGUGCAAUCAGUCCUGCUGAACGUGAAACAAUGAACAAAAAACAUAUAAUUAUGUAUAAACGUGUAAAAAAAUAAAAUAAAACGAAGUGCUGUAAUAUUUUUGUCCUUGAUCGGUCGAAUCUGAUCUUCCUUUGAAAACGAAAGCAGAAGAUUCGAGCUCUGAUUUGGUUCAAAUUUUAUCCAUCGGUAACUGCAUUUUCCAAAAAGUUAUCAGCGUCGGAAAAUUGACUAGUUUGCUCCAGAUAAGUCGUGUUGUACUUAUUCUUUUAUUCGUACAACACUUUCUUCGAAUGGAACGAUGACUAUCAGCGUUUUCUACGUAUAUUUUGAUAGAAGGGUCGAUAAGAGUGGAAUUAAAAUGUAGGUCAGUGGGUGAGCCAUCUUU